UCCCUGCGUCACGUGGCACCCGCCCUGCGAGGGCCGGGGCGCGGCGUGUUGCAAGCUCCGGGCAGCCGUCGUGGAACUGGAUUUCCGCGGUUGUGUAAGGAGGUGGCAGCAGCGGCGACAUCCCUGCUGCGCCGCGUGGGGUCCCGGCGAUGGCAGGCCUGUGCGGGAGCCGUGGCGCGCUGUCGGCGCACACGCUGCUGUUCGACCUGCCGCCCACGCUUCUGGGCGAGCUGUGCGCGAUCCUGGACAGCUGUGACGGCCCGCUGGGCUGGCGCGGCCUGGCGGAACGGCUCUCUAACAGCUGGCUGGAUGUCCGUCAUAUCGAAAAAUACGUAGAUCAAGGUAAAAGCGGAACAAGAGAAUUGCUGUGGUCCUGGGCACAGAAAAACAAGACCAUCGGCGAUCUUUUAGAGAUUCUCCAGGAGAUGGGGCAUCAACGAGCUAUCCAUUUAAUCACGACCUAUGGAGCAAGCGCCAAUCCUUUGGUGCAUCACCAUCGGGAGCUUCGAUUUCCCAACGCUUCACCCAACGUAGAGCAUGAGUCAACCAAUAUCACAGCGGAUAAUGUUUUUGUUCCUGAACAUAAUGAAAAAGGAAUACUGCAUAAACCCUCUAUCAGCUUCCAAAAUAUCAUAGAAGGCACCAACCAUUUCCACAAAGACUUCCUAAUUGGAGAAGGGGAGAUAUUUGAAGUAUACAAAGUGGAGAUUCAAAACCAAACAUAUGCUGUUAAAUUAUUUAAACAGGAGAAAAAAAUGCAGUUUAAGAAGCACUGGAAGAGAUUUCUAUCAGAACUGGAAGUUUUACUCCUGUUCCAUCAUCCCCACAUACUAGAGUUGACUGCAUAUUUCACUGAGAUGGAGAAGCUCUGCCUGGUUCAUCCAUAUAUGAGCAACGGGACGCUUUUUGACAGACUGCAGUGUACAGAUAACACGGCCCCACUUUCCUGGCACAUCCGAAUCGGCGUAUUGAUAGGACUAUCCAAAGCCAUCCAGUACUUACACAACACUCAGCCGUGCUCAGUCAUCUGUGGCAAUAUUUCCAGUGCAAACAUACUUCUGGACGAUGAGUUUCAGCCCAGACUAACUGAUUUUGCCAUGGCGCACUUCCGACCCCACCUAGAACAUCAGAGUGCUACCAUAAAUAUGACCGGGAGUGGGAGGAAACAUCUGUGGUACUUGCCAGAAGAAUACAUCAGGCAGGGAAGACUUUCCAUUAAAACGGAUGUCUACAGCUUUGGAAUUGUGAUCAUGGAAGUUUUGACAGGCUGUAAAGUGGUGCUGGAUGACCCCAAACAUGUUCAGCUGCGGGAUCUCCUCAUGGAACUGAUGGAGAAGAGAGACCUCAAUUCGUGUCUCUCAUUUCUAGACAGGAAAAUACACCCCUGUCCUAGAAACUUCUCUGCCAAGCUCUUCUCUCUGGCGGGCCAGUGUGCGGCAACUCGGGCCAAGUUAAGACCUACAAUGGAUGAGGUCCUGAACGCCCUGGAGAGCACGCAGCCUAGCUUGUAUUUUGCGGAAGACCCUCCCACAUCUCUGAAGUCCUUCAGGUGUCCUUCUCCUCUGUUCUUGGACAACAUCCCAAGUAUCCCAGUAGAAGAUGAUGAAAACCAGAAUAAUCAUGCAGUACCUCACAAAAAAGUGUUGAGGGCAGAUAGAGUACCUCAGAAAACCCCCUUUGAGUGCAGUCAGUCUGAGGUUACCUUUCUGGGCCUGGACAGAAACAUAGGGAGCAAGAGAAGUGAAGCUGCUUGCAAUGUUCCCAGUUACUCUUGUGAGGAAUGUUGGCCCCCGGAGCUUGAAGCAGCAUCACAGGACUUAAGACCUACCGAGAUCACGUUGGGCUCCUCUUGGGAAGUCCCAGGCCAUUCUUAUGGGAGCAAACCAAUGGAAAAGCCAAUGGAAAAGAGAUGCCCCUCUGGACUCUGCUGCAGUGAGUAUGAACAAUCCAAAAAACAGUGAACUCACCAGAAGAUAAAGAAAACAAAGGCAAAUGUCGCUGAAGGCUGAAUAAUGUUCCCAUGAAAGGAUACACACUCCAUGAAUAAGACUAAGGGAGCUACUGAUGGCAAAUUUGUGUAGUGCAGAUAAGCAGCCAGGCAGCUCUGUUCCUUCCUUUCCAUCCGCCAAGCAGAAUUGUUGGGGUACCCCGAAUUGAGGAGGGGUCCCCAAGCUGGAUUCAUCACCCCAAGAAUCAAGAGUCCACAUGCCAAUUGAUGCAACACACAAGAGGCUUUAAUUAGGCAUCUGCAGAUGGGCUU